AUGGUUGAACCAACUGUAAAAUUCAUUAGAUCCUUAAUAAUUUAAUUAAAUGUAAAAAUUAUUUAUAUAAAUAGAAAAGCUAAAGAUUUUUAACUGAUAAUUCUGAAAGACUAUAAAUAACAUUUAUUAAUAAGAUAAAGCAUUUGAUUUCUUAAAUCAUUUAAUUUUUAAGCUAAGAAGUAUUAAGAUAAAUAGUAGAACCAAUUUUAAUGUAGAAUAAGAAAAUUUAUGAAUGGGUUCAAUAUUUUCUAUCCCUUUAAUAUAAUAAUGAAUAAGAGAUAAUAAUUAUAGAAUUAAUAACUAUGUUUUAUAUAAAUUAAAUAGUUACAAAGGAAAAUAUAUCAUAAUAAACUACAAUAAUCAACAUAAUAAGUUUAUUUUAAAAUAAUAAUAAUUUGAACAAUAAAAUUUUAGAAACUAUCAAACCUACUUUAUUAUCUUCAAUAUAUUCAAAUUUAGCUUAAUUUAUAGAGGAAACAGAAAGAAAAAACGAAGAAGUUCAUAAUAUGGGUUUAAUGCUUGAUUUUUUAUAUUUCCAAGAAUAGAUAUUACAUCCAGUAAUUUUGUAAUUUAUUAAAUGUGAAUAUUUGGAUUUGAGAUUAAAGAUUGUACAAUUGCUUAAGAAAUUUAAGCCUGAGUGA